UCGUCUCCACGUGUUUAGCUGUCAAAAUGCGGUGAUGAUUAUUUAAAAACCUGUGCGUAACAUAUUUCAAAUAAGCCCUUUUGAAUAACACAGUGAAUCGAAGGACACGAAUUUUUUUACUUAUCUGAUUUAUGUGUGCCUAGUGUUUGCUAACAAAUCAGUUGUCAAUGACUCGAUUGGCAGGUUGUACUUUGUUUAUACAAAAGGCAAUGUAUAAUUAACAUCUGACAGAAAAAGACUACAGCUGUACAAUAAUAACCAUACUGUGUGAUACAGUUAUGUAUGUAUAAUAUCAUGCAUUAUGUUUAUCGUGGAUUUCUGUGUAUGGUAGUGACUAUUGGUAGUUUCCAUUCGGCCAAUAGUUUGGCAGUAGUGAAAAACAAUGAGAAUUAAAUUUGGCUUGAAUUAUUUUUUCAGCCACCCCUUGACCCAUGAUGUCCAGACUUGCAUGUAGCACCAAAUAAAUUAAACAUAUGAAUUCAAUACAAUAAAUAUAUAUUAUAAUUUUUUGUGAAAUGUGAACUCGACAAUUUAAAAGUGUGGUGAAUUCAAGUACUCCAAUAGUAUUUGUAUUUUGUUAGUUACAAUGUAUAAUAGUGUAUAUGCAGAAAUUAUACAUAUGUUAAAAUACAAAGUUCUAAUGGCUUUAUCAUGGCUCUAAAAUAUUUAUAUCUAAAAAUGGUCCUAACACUACCAAAUAACAAUCUCAGACAAUCACUUUUAACAUGGAAUAAACAUGGACAGUGUGAUAAAAACAAGAUAAGAAGAACUCUGAAAAUAUUUGAUGCAUGCUUAUCAUACCCAGUCACCACCAGCCGGCUUUCUGGUUCGGAUUUUCAACCUAUUUAUUUAUCAUUGCCAACAACCAUAUUCGGUCGCCAAUUUACCAAAAAUGUAGAAAUCCAGGAAGAAGAAGUGUUGACCACUCCAAUGAUACAGAAGUAUUUAGUUGAAAAGGGUAUGAAAUUUGAACAGGGGCAUGCAUGUUUUGUAACAAUGUGUCCCAAAGUAGCUAAAAUGAAACAGAUAAAGAAUACAGAUUCUGAACGACUUUUCAUAAACAUGACUACUGGUCAUUUUGUGUGUCAUUUUUGUGGUAAAAUUGGUAGUUGGAAUAAUCUUGUGGAUAAUGUUUUGUAUUUGAUGGAAAACAAAAGAAAAAAAUCAGUGGAGUGUUUUCAUUCAAUAGAAUCGGUUCAAAGCAUAAAUGAUGAACCGUCUGUUGUGACCACUGGUUGGAAAAGCACAGUUCCAUUUAAUUCUCUUCCAUCUAACGACAGACAGGAGAUAGUUCAGGAUUUCGAUUACAGUAAAAUCCAAUUAUCAACUUUUGAGAAGUAUCAAGUGCAAUAUGACUCUACCACCAGAACAAUGGUGUUUCCAUAUCACAACAUUAAUAAUCUGCGGGUUGGACUGAAAAAGAUAACUUGUAAGAAAGAAGACAAUGAAUUUGAUGUGAUCACCAUUUCUCUUAAAGAAUCAUUUCUGCCAAGGACAUCACCUAGAGGCUUGUUUGGUUGGAAUAUGAUUAAUGAUGACACAAGUGAAAUAGUUUUAACUAAUAGUGAGGUAGAUGCCAUGGCUGUCUUUCAAGAUACCAAAAUUGCAGCCUUGGCAUUACCUAAAGGGUACAAUGUUUUACCUCAAGAAAUAUUACCUUGUUUGGAAAGGUUUAAACGGAUAAUUAUAUGGUUUGGUGAAGAUAUACGGGCAUGGGAAGCAGCCAAACAAUUUGCUAAAAAGUUAAACAAUAAAAGGUGUUAUAUUAUAAGACCAAGUGCUGAUGAUCCUGGUCCCUACAAGGCCCUGAAACAGGGAAUUAAACUGCUACAUAUAUUAAGCAAAGGUAAACCAAUGAACCACAAGUCUAUAACAGUAUUCUCUCAGCUGAGACAAGAAGUUUUUUCUGAACUAGCACAUAUAGAUCAAGUAUCUGGAGUCAAAUGGAAACGUUAUACUGCUCUCAAUAAGAUACUUAAAGGACAUCGCCGUGGAGAGUUGACUGUAUUUACUGGAUCAACGGGAUCAGGAAAGACAACUUUCAUCAGUGAUUACUCGUUGGAUUUAGCAAUACAAGGUGUAAAUACAUUGUGGGGGAGUUUUGAGAUAAGUAAUAUCAGACUAACAAAGAUGCUACUUACCCAGUUUGCCCAGAUGAACUUGUCUAAGAAUUUAGAUCAGUUUGACUAUUGGGCAAAUAAAAUAGAGGAACUGCCCAUGUAUUUCAUGACCUUUCAUGGACAUGAAAGCAUCAAGAGAGUUAUUGACACUAUGGGCCAUGCUGUGUACGUGCAUGACAUUGCACAUGUGGUUGUGGAUAAUCUUCAGUUCAUGAUGGGAUCUCAGGGAGACUAUGCAGAUAGAUUUAACAAGCAGGACCAGAUAGUAGCUGCAUUUAGAAAGUUUGCUACGCAGAUGAACUGCCAUGUUACUCUAGUGAUACAUCCACGAAAAGAGAAAGAUUCUGAGGAACUUACAACUGCUUCAGUGUUUGGCAGUGCAAAAGCCACACAAGAAGCUGACAAUGUUUUGAUUCUACAAGAUAAACGAAUGAUGUCUCUUCGUGGGAGAAAAUAUCUGCAGAUUACUAAAAACAGAUUUGAUGGAGAACUUGGAGUAAUGGUGUUGAAGUUUGAUCCUGAAUCGCUUACUUUUUCUGUUAAUGAGAAACAGAAAAAGGGUGAACAAAAAGAAAUAACUGAAAAACCUGAUGAUACAAAUGUUAUUGUAUGACUUCAGUCAGUGCAAUAAAGUGAUAAAUUUAGUUUUAAAAACCAUGUAUUUUAUUAGAAAUAUUA